GAUGAGGAGUGUGUGUGGGACAGUGAUGACAAAGAGUCUCUGUCUUGUCCGUCUCUGACUGAGCGUCUUUGUUUGUCUUGAGGUCGUUUGAGGACGGAACACUGAAGCUUUUCUUCUUCUAUUGUGACAGAUGACGGAACCAGAGACCUUCAUCAUCACCAUCAUCUUCAUCGCCUUCAUCAUCACUACAUGCUAACAUUAGCAUUCCUAAAGCUCUGUGAGCUACAUGCUAAUAUUAGCAUUCGUAAAGCUCUGUGACCUACAUGCUAACAUCAGUGUUCCUAAAGCUCUGUGAGCUACAUGCUAACAUCAGCGUUCCUAAAGCUCUGUGAGCUACAUGCUAACAUCAGUGUUCCUAAAGCUCUGUGAGCUACAUGCUAACAUCAGUGUUCCUAAAGCUCUGUGAGCUACAUGCUAACAUUAGCAUUAGUCUGACAAGGACUCAACAUGACACUAACCACAGAGCUUUAGCGAGAUGCUUGUUAACUUGGUUAAAGAUUCAUCCUUUCAUCUUUAAAGACUUCACAAAUACAUCAAAUUCUAACUGCAAACAAUCAAAGGAUUCUUUCCUCAAGCUCCUCCCAGUGGGCGUAAUCUCUCAGAUUCUCUAAACCUGCACUCUCAGUGAUCUUGUUAUUUACUGCUGCUGCUGUGGGUUGUGUGUGAGUCGUGUUGAGGUGAAAAUGAAGCGCUCCCUGGUGAUCUGUUUGCUCGUGUGCUCUGCUCUGAUUGGCCUGGGAUCAGCCAUUCGUUGUUACAGCUGUAAAGAUUACACCAGCAGCUGUACCAAACAACGAGACUGUAGCUCUGACGAUGCUUGUCUGACACUCAAUGAGAGGGGUGGGAUGACGUACCGUCAGUGUCUGAAGUACUCGGACUGUGACUACAGGCGCCUCAGCCUGAUGUUCCAGAAUGUGAACAGUUUCACCUUCAAAUGCUGCAACUCAGACCUGUGUAACUCCGCCCACUCCUGGGCAGCCAGCUCUGUGAUUGGUCUGGUCUCUCUGAUCGCCAUGUGGUGGUGCAUCCACUGAGGAGUUAACCCCGCCCCGAUCGACUUAGUCACGUGACGAAUAUUAACUCCGAUCAUUAAUGAUCCGACUCUGAGACACAAGAAGACUAAGUAGACUGACCUGACCAUAACCUUUAACCUUUCAACCUUUCCAUGACCAUUAAAUAAACUUUUAUCUACUACACUGUUUGUCUUUGACAUGUAAAUAAAGUUUAAUCAACUACUCGUCUGUCCGUGAUGUUUAAAUAAAGUUUAAUCAACUACACUGUCUGUCCGUGAUGUUUAAAUAAAGUUUAAUCAACUACACCGCCUGUCUGUGACGUUUAAAUAAAAUGUAUUCAACUACA